AUGUUAUCGUUUUUUGUGUGUGGUAGACCGUCUGCCGUUCUACUCCGAAGGAUGAGUUUUACACCAAGCGCUUUUGGUGUGUUAACCACAAGCUGUAGUACGAAGGCUGCUAUGAUGUCCAUCGUACUGCGCGAGUCUUUUCGCGCGCAGUCGCAGAGCUUUAAGGGCUCUCACGCUAAUCAAUGGCAGGAAGGUAUGCUGGACCCGCGCUUUUCAUCGGAGAACAAUAUGCGCAAACUCAAUCCCGAGACGAUGGCGCACUAUGUCAAGGCAACCAUCCAAAACGAUCGCCGCGAAAUGGGACUGGAAGAAGUGGUGGAUUGGAACGAGUUUGCGAAGGAUGCAGUGUUUAUCCCAACUCGCUCCGGGCCGCUGUGGGUAGGUAGUGAUGACCCCCGAGUGGCACGACUUAUGCGCCGCAGGGACAAGAUGAAGAAAGAUCCACAGCAGAAGACGCGCCCGAAGCCCGGGCCGGACCCCGCCAAAGAGCUGGAAAAUCAUCCCUUACGUGAGUACUUCACAACGGCGAGCAACCUUUCCGACCCGCUCAGCGUCGCGAACAACCUCCACCGCGCGGGGUUAAUACGGGAGUAUGACAUCAAAUUCACCGCGGCGAAGAUCACCUACCAUCCGAGGCCACCCAUUGUCUCCAUCAUGGGCCACGUCGACCAUGGCAAGACGACGCUGCUCGAUUACCUGCGCAAGACGAACGUGGCGUCGCUCGAGGUUGGCGGAAUCACCCAAAACGUGGGCGCCUUCCAGGUCCAGACCUCGACGGGCAGCCUAAUCACCUUUAUCGACACCCCCGGCCACGCCGCCUUCACGGCGAUGCGCGAGGUGGGGGCGAGCGCGAACGACCUUAUCAUCCUCGUCGUCUCCGCCGUGGACGGCGUCCAACUUCAGACCGUCGAGGUCGUCGAGCUCGCCCACAAAAUCGGCGUCCCGAUGGUGGUCGCGAUCACGAAGAUCGACCGACGGGACGACUGUGAGGACAUCAAAAAUCAGCUCCGGCAGCUCGACGUCCAGCUCGAGGAGGACGGCGGCGAUGUCCAGCUCGUGCGGGUGUGCGCGCGGGACGGGACGGGGGUCCCGGAGCUCCUCGAGGCCCUCCAUCUACAGGCGGAGUUGUGUGAAGUCUCCACCCCUGUCCCCUCCCGCACGGAGCUCCGCGUGAUCGAGUCGAAGAAGGCCGGCGCGAAUAACGAGGUCGCGGCUAUCGUAGAGUGCGGUCGCCUGCGGCCAGGGCAGGUGCUCGUGGCUGGUAUGGUGUACGGCACGGUUAAGAAGGUCUUUGAUGAACACGGUGAGAUGCUGGCUGAGGCUGGGCCCUCUACCCCGGUUAUCCUUCAUGGCUUUCAGAUGGCCCCUAAACCUGGAGUGACCUUACUACAGGUGAGCAGCGAAAAGCAUGCGGAGAAUUUUUACUACUUCAUGCGUGAUGUGUUCGCGGUGGAAGGUAAGCGUGAAGAUUACCUACAGCUGCUGAACCAGGAGCAGAUCGGGUUGUUUAACAACCGGAAGCCUGACAAUAACCUUGUCCGUGCGUUUAGCACCAAAGCUUUUCGCAUUUGCUGCAAGGCGGCUACCUUUGGUAUGCUUCAGGCGAUGAUGAAAACUAUCUAUGAACUUCCCCGCUUAGAGGGCAUUUCUGUUGAGAUCAAGAUGACAGAGAUUGGUGGCAUCAAGAACUCUGAUGUAUUAAGGAUAGGUGGCUCUGGACACCCAGGGUGCUUCUUGGUGUAUGGUAACUGCGAAGAUGGUAAUACGCUUGCGAUUCCAACCCACAUCACGCUUAUCCGGUUCGAUGUCUUAUACUAUGGCAUCGAGAAGCUGAAGCAGGUUUUUGUUGAUCAGUUACCAAAGGUCAAGCGUACUCGUAUAAUGGCGUGCGCAGAGUGCUUGCAAACCUUUAAAUCAUCCCAGGCUGGUCGUGGCGGGAACGCCGGCGGGAUGACCGUGACGAAGGGAACUUUAGACGCAUCUCACUUGACCUUUCGUGUUCUUCGGAAGAAGCAGCGCUCUAAGAAGCCGCUUCCUGCAGAAGCUGAGGGAGUGGAAGAAGGGGAGGUCGUGUACGAGGGUCAGGUCAAGGAGCUGCGUCGCUUCAAGGAUCUCGUCCCCAGUGUUGAGACCGGGUUGGAAUGCGGUGUCAUUCUUUACGAUGAGUUUUCUUUCAUGACUGGUGAUGUGUUGGAGCAGAUUGAGGUGUACGAGGAGUCGCGUGAGGUCGCAGCGGAAUAUGAAGCCGCUGAGCGACGCGAGAAGAUCACCCGCGAGACGGCAGAACUACAGGAGAGAAUUGCCGAGCAACAAGCACAGGUGAAGGCGACGGAGGAGAAAGUGGGUAAGAUGGCGGAAAAUCUUCAAGCCAUGGUUUAG